AUGGAAAUAGAGAAGGGGUUGGGAGAAGACGGUUUCUGGGAUUUUGGGAGAGAACUUCGAGACUGGUGGGGUGGAGGGCUCUGCUGCACUUCCUUGACUCUGAUAAGUUCAAGAAUAAAGAUGAUUUUGUUCAGAGCUACAAGAAUCUCAGUUCAUUCAAUGAGAUUGAGCUUGCUAAUCUUCAUAUGGAUGAGGCCUCACAUUCUCCGAAGAGUUAUUAAGGAUGUGGAGAAGUCUUUGCCUCCAAAAAUUGAACGAAUUCUUAGGGUUGAAAUGUCUCCCCUUCAGAAACAGUACUAUAAGUGGAUUUUGGAACGCAACUUCCAUAAUUUGAACAAAGGAGUUCGUGGAAAUCAGGUUUCAUUGUUGAAUAUUGUGGUAGAGUUGAAGAAAUGUUGUAAUCAUCCCUUCCUGUUUGAAAGUGCUGACCAUGGUUAUGGAGGGGACUCGAGUACCAAAGAUGGCAGUGGCCUUGGUAUCAACCUUGCCACAGCGGAUACGGUUAUAAUAUUCGAUUCAGAUUGGAAUCCUCAAAACGACUUGCAGGCAAUGAGUAGAGCUCACAGAAUUGGGCAACAGGAAGUUGUUAACAUCUAUAGAUUUGUCACGAGCAAAAGUGUUGAGGAAGAUAUCCUGGAAAGAGCUAAGAAAAAGAUGAAUGAGCUGUCUGCUAUUUUAAGAUUUGGAGCUGAAGAACUUUUUAAGGAAGAGAAAAAUGAUGAAGAAAGCAAGAAAGGACUCUUAAGUAUGGAUAUUGAUGAGAUUCUUGAAAGAGCGGAAAAAGUUGAAGAGAAGGAAGCUGAAGAGGACGGGAAUGAAUUGUUGAGUGCUUUUAAGGUUGCAAAUUUUGGUACCGCUGAAGAUGAUGGUAGUUUUUGGAGCCGUUGGAUAAAGCCGGAAGCAGUAUCCCAAGCCGAAGAAGCUCUUGCCCCUCGUACUAAAAGGAAUACCAAGAGCUAUGCAGAAGUUGCACAGCCUGAUAGAAGUAAUAAAAGGAAAAAGAAAGAAUCUGAGCCUCAGGAAAGAGUCCAGAAAAGGCGCAAAGCAGAUUAUUUAGUUAGCUCAGCACCAAUGAUUGACGGAGCAUCUGCUCAAGCAAGGGGAUGGUCAUCUGGGAAUUAUCUAAGAGAGAUGCAUUGCGGUUUUCCCGUGCGGAAAUUUUAUGCUUCAUUGUCUAACACUGUUCAUUUGCAAUUAGGUUAUGAAAUUUGGGAUGAGAGCCAAAUUGCCUUAAUAGUUGAGGAGGUCGGAGGGGCCCUUGCGGAUUUUUUUGGUGUCCCUGUCAAGGCUGUUGAUAUGCUCAACCGUGUUCAUGAACUUCAGCACCUGGCAAAACGCAUUAGUCGAUAUGAGGAUCCCAUUGACCAGUUCCGUGUGUUGACAUACCUCAAACCUUCAAAUUGGUCGAAAGGUUGUGGCUGGAAUCAGUUUGAUGAUGCAAGAUUGCUUCUUGGAAUAUACUACCAUGGAUUUGGAAAUUGGGAAAAGAUACGAUUAGAUGAAAGGCUUGGUCUUAUAAAGAAAAUUGCUCCCGUGGAACUUCAACACCAUGAAACAUUUUACCCCGCGCUCCAAAUUUGA